ACCUCUCUGUCGCUCCCCCCGCAACUGUGUCUCAUGUCGUCCUUCUUCACUCUUCCCGCCUCACAGCGGAAGAGGAAGCGACCCGAAAAUAACUCCACCGCAUCACGAUCAAAAUCACAGAAAGAAGGCAAAUCUCGCCCGUCACGAGACGAAUCCAUUUCCGGCAGCGAUGUGUCCGACGAUGAUGUUCCCCGCGACGAUGGACCAGCGCAAUCCUCCUCUGACGAAGACGAGGAGUUUUUCGACGAAGAUCCAGCCGCCAAACGAAUUCGCCUAGCCGAGCAAUAUCUCGCCAAUACACGAAAGGAAGUUGAGGAAGAAGUCGGAUUCGAUGCGAAAGAUGUGGAUCAGGAGAAUUUGCGACGCCGCAUGGGUGACAGAUUGAAGGAGGAUACUGCCGAGACGAAGGGAAAGCUGUACCGCUGGAUUGCUUCGGACUUCGACUGGAGUAAAGCAACGAGAUCACAAUUUCGACACCACCAAAAGCCACUGACUGGCGUCGCUGUUGCCGCUGGCUUCGCAUACACAGUCGGCAAGGAUUCAAUCCUCGUCAAGUGGAGAUUGGCUCCCCCUCCCGCCGCCGACGACCCUCCGAACCGAUCUCGAAAGCCCACGAAACUCCUCGUCUCCCAACCUUUCGGCAAACCGACCGCCAAUGCAAAUGCAAUCCGCCACACUUCCGCAGUCCGAUGUAUAGCUGCUUCACAAGACGGCAAAUUCGUUGCCACCGGCGCGACAGAUUCAUCCCUGAUCGUAUGGGAAGCUCAAACACUCAAGCCGCUCAAACUCUUCCCUCACCACCGCGAUGCCGUCCUCUCUCUCUCCUUUCGUCGCGGCACAAAUCAGCUCUUCUCCGCCUCUCGCGAUCGUACAGUCAAGAUCUGGUCAUUAGACGAACUCGCAUACGUGGACACACUGUUCGGACAUCAAGACGAGGUCGUGGACGUCUCCGCUCUGGCGGAGGAGAUCUGCUUUACAGUCGGUGCUCGAGAUCGCACUGCUCGACUGUGGAAAGUCGUGGAAGAGACACAGCUGGUAUUCCGAGGUGGAGGAGCUCCCAGACAUGUCAACCCGUACGACUCGCGACCCUUGUCGCAUGAAGGCUCACUCGACCGGAUAGCGUGUAUCGACAAUGAGAUCUUCGUCACAGGGGCGGACAAUGGUUCAAUAGCGCUGUGGAAUGUACACAAGAAGAAGCCGGUGCAUAUCAUCCCUCUGGCGCAUGGUCUUGAUCCGCCUCCGCCAUUGGACGAGAUUUCGGCGGAGGAGUUCCCGGAGGAGAAGGAAAGAGGUCAGCCGAAGGCGAGGUGGAUUACAGCGUUGCGAACGAUACCCUUUUCGGAUGUGUUUGUCAGUGGGAGCUGGGAUGGUUUUGUACGAGUCUGGAGGAUCAGCAAAGAUCGGAGGAAGAUCGAGUCGUUGGGCAGAAUAGGGGUCAGCAUUGAUGGGGAUGACGUCGAGGCUGGCCUGGUGAAUGGCGAGCGAGAAGCAGCGACGGGUGUUGAAGAGGAUGAUGGCGUGGAAAAGUCAAUACCGGGAAUUGUGAAUGAUCUGGCGAUUGUGGAUGUGGGCGAGAGAGGAAAGAGCGGAGUCGUGGUUCUUGCGGCUGUCGGCAAGGAGUUGAGGGCGGGACGAUGGAAGGUGGAUAAGGAAGGAAAGAAUUGUGGUGUGCUGUUCGAGAUACCAAGGAGAACUGUCGAGAAGGGAGGAGAUGUGGAGGCGGAUGCAGAGGAGGAUGUGUUGGUCAAUGGUCAUGCUGAGGACGGCUUCGAAGGUUUCGAUUGA